AUGCCCGAGAACGUAGUCCCCCGGAGCGGGGCGCCCGCUGGGGCUGCCGGCGGCCGCGGGAAGGGCGCUUAUCAGGACCGCGACAAGCCGGCCCAGAUCCGCUUCAGCAACAUCUCUGCGGCCAAAGCUGUUGCUGAUGCUAUUAGAACAAGCCUUGGACCAAAAGGAAUGGAUAAAAUGCUGGUUGAGCUGUCUAAAGCUCAGGAUAUAGAAGCUGGAGAUGGUACUACAUCAGUGGUCAUCAUUGCUGGUUCUCUCUUAGAUUCCUGUACUAAACUUCUUCAGAAAGGGAUCCAUCCAACCAUCAUUUCUGAGUCAUUCCAGAAGGCUUUGGACAAGGGGAUUGAAAUCUUGGUUGCUAUGUCUCGACCUGUGGAACUGGUUGUCUCUCAGUAUUCCAGUCUGCUUUCUCCCAUGAGCGUGAAUGCAGUAAUGAGAGUGAUUGACCCAGCCACAGCUACUAGCGUAGAUCUUAGAGAUAUUAAAAUAGUUAAGAAACUUGGGGGGACAAUUGAUGACUCUGAAUUGGUAGAAGGACUGGUACUUACCCAGAAGUUGGCAAGUUCUAGCAUAACCAGGGUUGAAAAGGCUAAAAUUGGGCUUAUUCAGUUUUGCUUAUCUGCUCCAAAAACAGAUAUGGAUAACCAGAUAGUAGUUUCUGACUACGUCCAGAUGGACCGAGUGCUGCGAGAAGAGAGAGCCUACAUUCUCAAUUUGGUGAAGCAAAUUAAAAAAACAGGAUGUAAUGUCCUUCUUAUCCAGAAAUCUGUUGUCCGUGGUUCUAACAAAUUGGUGAUUGAAGAAGCUGAACGCUCCAUCCACGAUGCCCUGUGUGUUCUGCGCUGUUUGGUGAAAAAGAGAGCCCUUAUUGCAGGUGGUGGCGCUCCAGAAAUCGAGUUGGCCCUGCGAUUAACUGAAUACUCUCGGACUCUGAGCGGCAUGGAAUCCUACUGUGUCCGUGCUUUUGCCGAUGCUAUGGAAGUCAUUCCUUCCACACUGGCUGAAAAUGCAGGCCUGAAUCCCAUUUCUACAGUAACUGAGCUGAGGAACCGGCAUGCUCAAGGAGAAAAAACCGCAGGCAUUAAUGUCCGAAAGGGCGGAAUCUCCAACAUUUUGGAAGAGUUGGUUGUCCAGCCCCUGUUGGUUUCACUCAGCGCUCUGACUCUUGCAACUGAAACCGUCCGGAGCAUUUUGAAGAUCGAUGACGUGGUGAACACUCGGUAA